AUGCUGCACGCUCAUAGGCCGAGCGCUGCACGCCCACUCCCCGUGCGGCGCACGCGCACCCUUCUCUACACACUCCUCUACUUCACCUUCCUCGCUGGCUUACCCUUGUCCCGCGCAACCUCAUGGUCGAGCUCGGAGCGAGCGUCGGCCGCGUCGGUCGAGGCGGUCGACGUCGUGCGAGACGCGCCGCUCUACCCCGUGCUGCGGGACGACGCGUUCGACACGACUGACACGACCAGCGCCACCGACACCAGCACUCCUUGCAUCGAUACAGAACAUACGGGCGACGCCAGGAGCAAACGUGCUAGUGCUCAGGACUGGGAGAGAGCGCCCAAAACUCACGUGCCGGAGCGACGCGUGAAGACAGGCGACACGAUCCUGAACAUCCGCGGCGCGGUGCGGGACGCUAUCGGUGACGCGGGCGCAGCGCCGGGCCCGCGCGCCUCCUCGCGCCUUGACACAUUCGUCAUCCGUCCCGCGCAGGCGCAACAGCAGCGCAAGCCGCAGCACGACCAGCCCGCGCCACACAUACCGCAUCAGGUGCCGAAGUACGAGCGCGAGCUGCUGGUGGAGGCGCAUGCGCGCGCGCGCAUCGAGUGUGACGUCAGCAACGGUAGUGACGUGCGCUGGUACAAGGACGGGGAGCCAGUGGCAGCGCGAGGCGGGGGCGCGCCCGCGGGGGGCGAGGGCGUGUGGCGGGACGGGGGCGCGCUCAUAGUGGGGCGCGCCACGCGCGGGGACGCCGCCGCCUGGCGGUGUCUGUACAGCGACCACUCGGGGAAGACCGUCUCCGGCAAACCCACCAAGCUGCUCAUAUAUGAACCGGUGCGCGCGGUGUACCUGGCGGUGGACGGGCGGCGCCUGGACGCGGGCAACACCUGGGUGCCCGUCAGAGAUAAGACUGAGCUGGAGGUGCGCUGCGUGGCUGAAGGCGGCGUGCCCCCGCCCGAGCUGUCGUGGCGGCUGCUGGCGCUGGAGCCGGCGCUGGACCACCGCCCCUACCUGCGCAUACACCACACCAACUACUCCAUCGAGGGCGUGUCGGUGUCGCACGCGGUGGUGACCGCAGCGCGCGAGCUGCACAACGCCACGCUGCAGUGUGACGCGCGCCAGCGCACGCCGCCCACCAGCCCCGGCAGCCCCGGCAGCCCCGGCAGCCCCGGCAGCCCCGGCAGUCCCGCGGCCCCCGCCAGUCCCAGUGCUGCUCCUGCGCACCUACUCAGCGCCAAAUUAGAGAUACACGUAACAUACCCACCGUCGUUCGUGAUCUCGCGGUGGCCCGGGUUCGGUGUGUCGCUGUCUGCGGGCGGCGCCGCGGCGCUGCGCUGUGACGUCGACGCCAACCCGCCCGCGCGCGCCUGGUGGCUCAGAGACGACGCUAACCCCACCAGUUCCCCGCCGCCGCUGGAGGCGGGCGACGAGGGCGCGCGGGGCUCGGCCACGCUGCGUUGGGCCGCGCUGCGGGGCUCGCACGCCGGCUGGUACCGCUGCCGCGCCACCUGGCUCGACACGGAGUACUCCUCCAUCGGGUACUACCUCAACGUCAUGUCGGCCGAGGAGAACACGGAGACUGCCACCGAGCCGGAGGCGGAGCCCGAGGAACUAGAUCACCAGAAGGUGGAGGUACCACUCGGCGGGAACGUGCAACUACACUGUCCUAAAGGGAGCGUGGGUUGCUGGUGGCGGCGCGUCGUCGGCAACUCCAGCGAGAACUGGGCCCCGGCCGGCUCGCACCAUGCACACGGGGUGCUGGGUAUCAAAGACGCGUUGUACCAGGAGGGAGGCGAGUACAGGUGCGUGGGGGCGCGCGCGCCUGACCUCAUGCGGCUGAGGGAGCUCAAGCGAGUCACGCUCAAAGUGACCGGCGGGGCCACGGCGACGGCGCUGAGUGCCGAGCCCGCCAACGGCGGCUGGCGCCUGGAGUGCGGCGCGUGCGGGCGCAACGUGCGCGUGGUGUGGGUACGGGCCGGGGGCGCUGGUGGGGGCGCCGGGGGCGCGGCGCCCGCGGCCCUGUCGCCGGACCUGGCGCAGCACUGCUGGCGCGCCGUGCUGCACGUGGUGGAGCCGGACGAGGUGUGGUGCGUGGCAGCGGCGGGGGGGUCGGGCGCGGUGGCGGUGUUCCCCCGCCGCGCGCCGCACCCCUCCCCCGCGCCCGCGCGCCACUCGGUGCGCGCGCUGCACAACAUGGCCGCGCACACGCACGCACGCCACCUGCAACUGCUGGUGCUGCUGGCGGUCGCCUGGAUGUUCCACUGA